CGGUUCUCAUUUCUCUCUCUUCCUCACAUCACUUCUCAAAACCUUUCUUCUCCACUCACCUGCUCGACUCAUCUCACUUUCUCUCUCCUCCUUCGAAUUCGUCGCACUAAAAUGGCCAAAGAACCAGUUCGCGUCCUCGUCACCGGUGCCGCCGGGCAAAUUGGAUACGCUCUUGUUCCCAUGAUUGCUAGGGGAGUAAUGCUCGGCGCUGACCAGCCUGUUAUUCUACACAUGCUUGAUAUCCCACCUGCCGCUGAGGCUUUAAAUGGAGUUAAAAUGGAGCUGGUGGAUGCUGCUUUCCCCCUUCUUAAAGGUAUCGUUGCUUCAACUGAUGCUGCUGAAGCCUGCAAAGGUGUAAAUGUUGCUGUCAUGGUUGGUGGCUUCCCAAGGAAAGAAGGCAUGGAGAGGAAGGAUGUGAUGGCAAAGAAUGUGUCAAUCUACAAGUCUCAAGCAUCUGCUCUUGAGCAACAUGCUGCCCCCAACUGCAAGGUUUUGGUUGUUGCCAACCCCGCCAACACCAAUGCCUUGAUUCUAAAGGAAUUCGCUCCAUCAAUCCCAGAAAAGAACAUUUCAUGUCUUACGAGGCUAGAUCACAACAGGGCUCUUGGCCAGAUUUCAGAAAGACUUAGUGUUCAAGUAUCUGAUGUUAAGAAUGUGAUCAUCUGGGGGAACCACUCAUCAUCCCAGUACCCUGAUGUGAACCAUGCAACCGUGAAGACUCCUAGUGGUGAUAAGUCUGUGCGUGAGCUUGUUGCUGACGAUGCAUGGUUGAAUGGAGAGUUCAUUAGCACUGUGCAACAACGUGGUGCUGCCAUCAUCAAAGCAAGAAAGCUCUCCAGUGCCUUGUCAGCUGCUAGUUCAGCUUGUGAUCACAUCCGUGACUGGGUUCUUGGAACCCCAGAGGGUACUUGGGUUUCUAUGGGUGUGUACUCUGAUGGCUCAUACAAUGUACCAGCUGGAAUCAUUUACUCUUUCCCAGUGACAUGUAAAGAUGGAGAAUGGAAAAUCGUCCAAGGACUUCCUAUUGACGAUGCAUCAAGGCAGAAAAUGGAUGCAACUGCAGCAGAGCUUGUUGAAGAGAAGGCUUUGGCCUACUCAUGCCUGGCUUAAGCUCAGUCCCAUUUCCCAAUGUGUUCAGUUUAUGCGAGUAGUAAUAGUAAAAUUUUGCAAUAAGCCCUUUGUGAGACUAUUGAGUGGCUCUGCUUGUGGCAGACCAUUACUCUCGAAGACUGAUUUUUGCAAGGUUUCUUCUAAAUUUAUAGGCAUUGAAGAAUUUGCAUAGCAGUGAGAUGAUAAUCGGAGGGGUGUUGAGGCACAAUCCUCUUAUCUGUAUCAUACAUUUGACAUUUAUGUGAUUUGAUCCUUCUAGUUUCUAAAUCCCGAAUGGCGAAUGCUAUUCUUUC